AUGACGAAUCUAGUGUGCACCGCCCUUACUGACAAGUACGACCUGGACCUGGGAGCAAAGACACAGCCUUCAGUCAAUAUUGACGACCUUCUCUUCACUACCUACCAUCUCAUGGCUCUCAGUGACAUGCAUUUUCCAACUUCCCAGGCUAUCGACUCAGUACCCCCCUACACUUUAAAGAGAGCGUUAAAGCCAUCCCAGUGUUCAGAUGUGCCAUCAGGAACUCUGAGGGUAAUUGGAUUACUGAUGCAACGCAAGCCUUUUGAUAUGAACGAGCGCAAGUAUACGAAAUUGCCACUAGCAAGUCAGCCGGAUUUAAGAAUCCCGGUUCUCUGUACAAAUAUCGAAAAGGAGCAGCAGCAAACUUGA